AUGCUCCUGUCCACAGUCCUUGCCUCUGUUCUGCUCCUCUGCUCUGUGGCCAGCCAGGAGUGUUUUAGCUUUAUGGGGAUCAGUGAUGUCAGGUACCUCAUUGACAAAGUGCAGGACAACUGCACCACACCAUGCUUCCAAGAGGGUCUGUCCCAGUUGAUCAACUCCACAGUGGGAGCAAAAUACCUUCUGAUUUUCAAUCGAGUAAAAAGAACAGUCCAAGGCCUAAAGAACAAGUGCAAGUAUUUCUCCUGUGAACAGCCAUGUAACCAAACCACAACAGGCAACACGCUGAUGUUUCUGAGGAGUCUCCAGGAAAUUUUCCAGAAAAAAAAGGGAGUCACAGUAUGA